AUGAUGGCAAAGAAAUGUUUCGAACCUGAGUGCAUGAAUGAGGUGGGCUAUGCAUGCAAAUACUCUUCUCCUGACACUUUAUCUUGUGAAGUGCAUGCUUUUGAGCAUAUAAACUUGCCUAAUAGAUCUCAUAAUCUUCAAGCAAUUUUUAUGCAGCCUUGUAAAGGGACAAACUUGCUUAACUGUCAAAUAAGUACUGUUUCUAAAGACCUCAACAGUAAACCCAAGGAAACAGAAAGCACUUUAAACGUCAUAGACACCUUAAGAAAUAAAACAGCUGAGAUAUUGAGUAGACCAAACAAUCCAGAAUUAGAGAUAGAUUUCAGAACAACUUGCUCAGCAAUUCAGAAGAAUCUUAGUCUUUAUGAUCCACCACUAAAGCAAGCAUGCCAAUAUUAUCUUAAAGCUUAUCAACACAAGACAUCUCUUUAUAAUACUACAAGAGAUUAUGAAAACAGCAGAACUAAUUUGAUCAUUUAUAACACUGAAACUAAAACUCAAGAAGUCAAAGUAUUCAAGACUCCAGAACUACUAGACUUAAGCACUUGCAUAACUCAACUUCCAAAUGGCAAGCUAUUCUGUUAUGGUAAAUAUAGAGUUUCUGGGAUUACAGUGCUAAUUGAUGUAAAUGGUGAUGUUAAAACACUACCAUCUGGAACAGAAUAAUCGUAGUUAUUUUUUAUCAAUUUAGUACUUUUUCUCUUGCUUUAAAUAUCUAAUAAAUUGAAACUUCAACUCAGAUAUCUCAAUCUAACAGAUCUUAAAAGAAAUCAGUAAGAAUUAGGACCCAUCUGGAACUCAUUGCGCUGAUUCAUCAUGUAUUCUGGCUUUAAAGAAUUAUUAUUGUAUAUGGAUAAUUUUUUGAAAUUGCAUAUUUAUGGGAUAAAUCAUAUUGUAUGUUCCCAAGCUGCGGUUCAUCUUAUAAGCAUCGAUAUUAUUAAGAAGAAAUUGCACAGCAGGAGAGUAAUAAAAGAUCUAAUAAUCUAUAUACCCAUUCCAUCUUUUCUCAAGCCCAAAAGAAAUUUAUAAUCCAUCUCUCCCAAAAGUUAAAAUUUUAUCAGGGACUGCAAUAAAACAUCAAGUGGCGUAUAUCUAUUUUAACAACAGCGUCUAUUGCUUUGGAGGAAAUGAUGAAAAUCGUUGUGCUUUAACUCUAUCUAGUAGAUUUGAUUUAAAUGAAAAUCGAUGAAUUCAAUUAAUUCCAAUGCCAAAAGCUGAUUAUUAUUGCAACAGUAUUAUAUUUAAUGGAAAUAUUUUGAUUUCUGGGUGGAAAAAUAGAAAUAUUUUGUUAUACUCAAUUGAUAUUGACUCUUUCUCGAUGAUUCCUUAUGAGUUUGAAGAGAAGAAAUGAAAGAUUCUGAUAAAUGCAGAGAGUUUGUAUUUGAUUGAAUGCCCUGGAUCAAUUUAUGAAAGCAAAAUUGGAAUUUAUUCUAAUUGGAGACGAAUUAGAAAAUCAAAAAUCAAUUGCAAUAUUUCUCAAGUGUAUUGCUCAUAUAAUAAAGGAGGAGUAUACAUCUCAACUAUUAGUCUGCAGACUAAACAAUAUUAUUAUUUUAAUUUAGAUCAAAAAAUCAUUAUUGAUGUUGCUUACUAUAAUAAACAUGUCGCACUUAGAAGAGUAGAUCAAAAGAUUGAAGCGAUAAAAUGAAAUAACCAGAAUUUUAAGCUCGAUCCUUAUUAUCUGGAUGAAUGAAAUCUAAAAGGCAAUACACUAUACAAUUUAGGGGAAAAUCUAGAAGUAAUCGAAGUGAAUGACGAAGCAAUCAAACUCAUUCCAAAGAGCACUUGCUUUUACUAUAAUAAAGCCAACGCUUAUAUGAAGUUAAAACGAUAUCUAGAAGCAAUUGAAUGCUAUGACGAAGUAAUUAAACUCGAUCCAGACUAUGCUAUAUAUUACAGUAAUAAAGGCAAUGCCUUUAAUAAUUUAAAAAGAUAUCCAGAAGCAAUCGAAUGCUAUGACGAAGCAAUCAAACUCAAACCAAAAAACGCUAGCUUUUACAAUGAUAAAGGCAACACUUUUUAUGAUUUAAAAAGAUAUCUAGAAGCGAUCGAAUGAUAUAACAAAGCAAUCGAACUCAAUCCAAACUAUACUAUAUGUUACAAUAAUAAAGGCAAUGCUUUUAAUAAUUUAAAAAAAUACCUAGAAGCAAUCGAAUGCUAUGAAGAAGCAAUCAAACUUGAUCCAACUAAUGCUGAUUUUCACUAUAACAAAGGAAAUGCUUUAAAUGAAUUAGGUAGAUAUCCAGAAGCAUUAGAAAGCUAUGAUGAAGCAAUCAAAAUCAAUCCAUAUAAGGCCAAGUAUUUAAAUGGUAAAGGUAAUACUCUUUAUGCUUUAGAGAGAUAUCAAGAAGCAAUGCAAUGUUAUGAUGAGGCAAUCAAACUUAAACCCAAUAAUCCUUUGCAUUUCUGCAACCGAGCAAGAGUGCUUAAUACUCUCAGAACAGAAGAAGCAGCUUUGCAGGAUUUUAAUAGGGCUUAUAAUUUGAAGGAAGAAAAAUCAAAUAAGUGGUGUUUUCUUUGGGGAUGAAUGAAGCCUUUCUGAAAAAGAUUUCAAAAUUAUUAA